UUCUUUUUUUCUUCUUUCUCUCCGCUGUUUCUAGCCUGGGAAAACGUGGAACUACUUCUAGCGUCUUCCCUUUUGCUUCAUCAUUGGUUUUUUGGAAUGGGAAUUGCGGUUCUGAUGAGCUAAGUUGUGGGUGUUUUAGGUUUACUUUCGAAGUUUUUUUUUGAGUUUUCACGAUAUGGGUGUGUUAGAAGAGGAGGAUGUAUUGGUAGUGAAUGAUUUUGAAGGGUGAAUAUUGAUUCUGAAGGAGGAUAUUGUUGGGGGUGGUUUGAGUACAUUAUGGGUUGCGUUUGUUGUAAGCCCUCUGCUAUAGAGGAUAGCAAGGAAAGUCCGAGGGAGAGGCUGUCGAACAAGACCUCGUCCGACCUGCAGGUGGCAAGAGUGACUUCGUCGUCGAGGGAAGAAGCUUAUCGAUCUAAAGAUCAUCAUGAUGGUAAUGAUGCAAUAGUGACAUUGAUUAACAAGCAGGUGAAUGGGUCAGGUCGAUUGCAGAGUGAAAUUUUUGAGAGGAAGAGGGAGAAGAUGGAGCAUAUGGCUGCUCAACAUCCUUCAAUGGGGAGAAUUCCAAAGGCAGCAGAGGGAGACCAAAUUGCUGCAGGCUGGCCGCCGUGGCUGGCUGCAGUUGCUGGAGAGGCAAUCAGAGGGUGGUUACCCCGACGCGCUGAUUCUUUUGAGAAAUUGGAUAAAAUUGGUCAAGGGACUUAUAGUAAUGUAUAUAGGGCUCGUGACCUUGACCAAAAGAAAAUUGUUGCUUUGAAGAAAGUAAGGUUCGACAAUCUGGAACCUGAGAGCGUCCGCUUUAUGGCCAGGGAAAUUCACAUAUUGCGUCGGCUCGAUCAUCCAAAUGUGAUAAAGCUGGAGGGUCUAGUUACGUCAAGGAUGUCUUGCAGCCUCUAUCUUGUAUUUGAGUACAUGGAACACGACUUGGCAGGACUUGCUUCACACCCUGGUGUAAAGUUUACAGAGGCACAGGUUAAAUGUUACAUGCAACAACUUUUGCAUGGACUUGAUCAUUGUCACAGUCAUGGAGUUCUGCAUCGUGAUAUAAAGGGUUCCAACCUUUUAAUCGACAAUAAUGGCGUCUUGAAAAUUGCAGACUUUGGUUUAGCAAGUUUUUUUGAUAUCCACCAAAAUCAGCCGCUGACAAGUCGGGUUGUAACUCUUUGGUAUAGACCGCCUGAGCUUUUACUCGGUGCUACUUAUUAUGGUACAGCUGUAGAUUUGUGGAGUACUGGCUGCAUACUUGCUGAAUUGUAUGCUGGGAAGCCCAUUAUGCCAGGAAGAACAGAGGUGGAGCAGCUACAUAAAAUAUUUAAACUCUGUGGCUCUCCUUCAGAGGAUUAUUGGAGAAAAUCAAGGCUGCCACAUGCAACGAUAUUUAAGCCCCAACAGCCCUAUAGAUGCUGCGUUGCUGACACGUUUAAGGAUUUCCCUGCACCAGCUUUAGCUCUCAUUGAGAUGUUACUCUCUAUAGAUCCUGCUGAUCGUGGCUCUGCCGCUCUUGCCCUUAAAAGCGAAUUUUUUUCAACGAAGCCACUUCCUUGUGAUCCUUCGAGCUUGCCGAAGUAUCCUCCGAGCAAAGAAUUUGAUGCCAAGAUAAGGGAUGAGGAAGCUAGAAGACAAGGAGCGGUAGGAAGCAAGGGACACCGACAUGACCUGCAAAGGAAAGAUAGAGAGUCUCGAGCCGUCCCUGCACCUGAUGCCAAUGCUGAGUUAGUCUCAUCAAUGCAGAAAAGACAAUCCAAUUCAAAGAGCCGGAGUGAAAAGUUUAAUCCACACCCAGAAGAAGCUUCUGGCUUUCCAAUUGAUCCACCUAGACCAUCACAAGGAGCAGAACGAACGGAUUCUCAGGUGCGUCAUCCUAAGAAAGCCUCACAUUCAGGACCACUUGCUCAGCGGGCCGCUUGGGUAAAGGCUAGUAAGAACCCAGAUGACGCUCCGAAAAUCUCAACCGGGGCCGAUACGUUCACAACUUCAGGACUAGUAGCACCUAGAAGAAGUAUGCUGGGGGAAAAGUCUGACGCUUCACAAGGAGAGGUUAAAAAACUAAUUGGCAGGUUUCCUGGUUCCUUCAAGGAAACCUCGGAAUCCUCUAUGCUACCCGACCAGAAGUUCUCAAAUCACAGUAUCGUAGGCUCACACGACAAAGAGAGGUGCAGCACCAAAGACCCUAUAGUUGUGGGUUAUGGCUCAAAAGGUCAUAAGAUUCAUUACUCUGGUCCAUUACUGGUUCCUUCCGGCAACAUGGACCAAAUGUUGAAGGACCACGAUCGUCAUAUCCAAGAGGCAGUAAGACGAGCUCGGCUCGACAAGGCCAAGGCACGAAAGGUUCAAGUUGACGGGAAACAGAUGUCGACAAAUUCAUUAUUCGUCUCCGGUCGUUAACCUGGGAGAUGGGUAGAUAUCAAAAAGACAUCAAAUGCUAGAGUUCAUUAUUAGGGUGAGCAGAUAUCACACCAGAAAUAUGAUCAAACGAUUGGGUGGUGGUUCCUGCUGUACAGACAAGUCUUCCUAAGAACAUCGAGUCGAGUCGAGGCUUUUCUUAGCUCUAGUUUAUAUUUUAACGACGAAAAAAAGCAGAGAAAAUUCUUCCUCUCUUCUCGCAAGGUAACACGCUGCAAAUUAUGUAGGGUUCUAAAAUGUUUUGGCCAUAGAUUGAUCUUAUUAGGCUGUGUAUAAUUUAAGUGGAUGUGAGAUUGUUUUGUUUCAUCAUCUAGAGAAUUGUUGAACCAGAGAAUGGCCAAAGAAGCAGGCUGCAAAUGCUGCAAUGCAGUAGACUUUUCUUUCAUUA